AUGUCAAUUGAUUUUAAGAAGACUUUAAAUGGCGUUCACCCAAGCUUAAGCGAUUCAUCAAAUGGCGCACCGCUAAGCAUUAGCAAUGACACUCUUGCUGCAUUAACUGGGGUUGUUCAUUCAUUAAAGCAGGAAAAACAACAAAGGCUACAAAAGGUACAAGAACUUACUAAGUUCUUGGUAGAGUUAUGGGAUCUUAUGGAGAUGCCAAUUGAUGAGCAAAAAGCAUUUAGCCAUGUUACUAGAUUAAUUUCAGCAUCAGUUGACGAAGUGUCAAUCCGAGGAUGCCUCUCUGCUGAUGUCAUUAAGCAGGUUGAGGUUGAAGUUCAGCGCUUAAAUGUUUUGAAAGCUAGUAAGAUGAAGGAAUUAGUGUUUAAAAGACAUAAUGAACUUGAAGAAAUUUACAGAGGAGUUCAUAUGGAUGUGGAUAGUGAAGCGGCUAGAAAGAUUCUCACCAGCCGCAUAGAAUCUGGUAAUAUCGAUAUGUCUGAAUUGCUUCAAAGCAUGGAUGAUCAAAUCAGAAUGGCCAAAGAGCAAGCUCUAAGCAGAAGAGAUAUCUUAGAUAGGGUGGAGAAGUGGAAAUUUGCAGCUGAGGAGGAAAAGUGGUUAGAUGAAUAUGAAAAGGAAAACAAGAAGCAAUUAUUUUGCCUAAUUAGUGAUUGUAUCUAUGAGUUCAACGCUUUUGGAUCAUGA